CUACAGCAAACAAGAGAUGCUGUGUCUCAUAUACUACAACAUUAUGAAAACUUUAAAAAAAUCCAUUCUAUUCAACGUCCAAUGGUGAUAGGUGUAUCAGGCUGUCAAGGCAGUGGCAAAACCACAUUAUGUAAUACCCUCGAGUCAAUCCUCUCUAGAGAGCCUUACCAUUUGAAUGUUGUGAACUUCUCCUUGGACGAUGUUUAUUUAACGCAUCAAGAUCAAGUGAACUUGUCAAAAAACAAAUAUCCUUCUAACCCGCUUUACAAACAUAGAGGACAAGCAGGGUCUCAUGAUUUGAAUUUGCUCAAGGAGACCUUUCGAUCUUUAUUACAUCCUACUGAUCAUAGUGCAGUACGUAUACCCAUCUAUGACAAAUCAAAAUUCAAAGGAGAAGGUGACCGACUAGAUAAAAAGGGCUGGAAAGUCGUUAAACCGCCCUUCAACAUCAUCUUAUUUGAAGGCUGGAUGAAUGGAUUCAAACCGUUGGCGUCACAAACAGCUAUUGACACGAUCAUUCGAGAAACCCACUUGCUCGAUAAACUCAACUUACCUACCUUGACAGCUGAGCAUCUAUAUCAACUCGAUGAGAAUUUGGUACCUUAUGAAAAGGAGAUAUACCCGUUCUACGAUAUUUUCAUUCAUCUCUCUCCAGAGAAUCUUCAGCAGGUUUAUCAAUGGCGUCUCGAGCAGGAACAUACGAUGAAGGCGGUUCGAAAAGUAGAAGGGCUUUCGGAUGAACAGGUCAAAACGUUUGUGGAUACGUAUAUGCCAGCCUAUGAGCUCUAUUUGCCUAGAUUAGAU